GGAAAGCGCCUCCUGCCCGCCGUGCGCCCUGACAGCGGGGCGAAGCGGGGGGAAGCGGGGUGCAGCUGCUGGGGAGGGGUCCCUGGCGGGGGCCGAGCCGCGGGCAUGACGGCCGAGGAGCGGCGCAACCUGCACGCCUUCCGCGACUAUGUCACCAGGAUCCUGGACCCGACCCACGUCCUCAGCUACAUGGCGCCCUGGCUCAGGGAGGAUGAGGUGCAGUAUGUUCAAGCUGAGAAAAACAACAAGGGUGUGACGGAGGCUGCCACACUCUUUCUCAAGUUCCUAUUGGGGCUGCAGGAGGAGGGCUGGUUUCGUGGCUUUUUGGAUGCUCUUCACCAUGCAGGUUAUUCUGGACUUUAUGAAGCCAUUGAAAAUUGGGAUUUCCACAAAAUAGAAAAGUUGGAGGAGCAUAGAUUGCUUUUAAGGCGGUUGCAACCAGAAUUUAAAACCAGAAUUAAUCCAAAUGAUAUCCUUCCUGAAAUAUCCGAAUGUUUAAUUAACCAGGAAUGUGAAGAAAUUAGACAGGUUUGUUCCAACAAGGGGCCGAUGGCAGGUGCGGAGAAGCUGAUUGAGUGCCUUCUCAGAUCAGACAAGGAGAACUGGCCCAAACACUUGAAACUCGCUUUGGAAAAAGAAGAGAGCAAUUUCAGUGAGCUGUGGAUUGUGGAGAAAGGUGCAAAAGAGGAAACGAAAGAGCUUGAGGAUGAGGAAGUGGAAACUUCGGACAUACAGAUUUUCUACAAGGAGGAACCGGAAUGCCAGAAUCUUAGUCAGAAUGCAUGUCCACCUUCAGAAGUGGCUCAUACUCAGAGCCCAAUAAAGCCACGAAAUUACCAACUAGAGCUCGCUGGUCCUGCUCUAGAAGGAAAAAACACAAUCAUAUGUGCUCCUACUGGCUGUGGGAAAACCUUUGUUGCACUUCUCAUAUGUGAGCAUCAUCUUCAGAAAUUUCCACAAGGACAAAAGGGAAAGGUUGUGUUUUUUGCUAAUCAACUCCCAGUGUAUGAACAGCAGAAAAACGUCUUCUUAAAACAUUUUGAAAGAUAUGGGUACAAAAUUGCCGGCAUUUCUGGAGCCAUGGUUGAGAAUAUCUCAGUGGAACAGAUUGUUGAGAACAAUGACAUCAUCAUUUUAACGCCACAGAUUCUUGUGAACGGCCUUAAAAACAGGACUAUUCCAUCACUCUCUGUCUUUACUUUGAUGAUCUUUGAUGAAUGCCACAACACCAGCAAGCGCCAUCCUUACAACGUGAUCAUGUUCCAUUAUCUAGAUCAGAAGCUUGGAGGAUCUUCAGACCCACUGCCCCAGGUCAUUGGGCUGACGGCCUCGGUGGGCGUCGGGGAUGCCAAGAACACAACGGAAGCCAUGGAGUAUAUCUGCAAGCUGUGUGCGUCUCUGGACACUUCCGUGCUGGCAACAGUCAGAGACAACGUGGAGGAACUGAAGGAGAUCGUUUAUAAGCCCCAGAAGUUUUUCAGGAAAGUGAAAUCACGGACCAACAACAGAUUUAAAAGCGUCAUCUCUGAGCUGAUGAGGGAGACAGAGAGCCUGGCAAAGAGCGUCUUUGGUGAACUCGGUACCGUAAGUCUCGAAACCUUGUCUCAGAUUCAAAACAGGGAUUUUGGAACACAGAGGUAUGAGCAGUGGAUCAUGACGUUUCAGAAAAAGUGCUCGGUGCUGAGGCUGCAGGACAAAGACAAGGAGAGCAGGAUCUGCAGAGCGCUGUUUUUGUACACGUCACAUCUGCGGAUACUUAACGAUGCCCUCAUUAUCAAUGAGCACGCACGGACGAAAGAUGCUCUGGAGUACUUGAAAGGCUUCUUCAACAACGUCCGCACAGCCGGGUUCGAUGAGAUAGAGCAGGGCCUCACUCGGAGAUUUGAAGAAAGGUUGCAAGAACUAGAGAGCAUUUCUGUGGAUCCCAGCAACGAGAACCCUAAACUGAAGGACCUCUGCUUCAUCUUGCAAGAGGAGUACCACCUAAACCCAGAGACCAGAACCAUUCUCUUCGUGAAAACCAGAGGACUGGUGGAUGCUUUAAAGAAAUGGAUUGAGGAAAAUUCUAAACUCACCUUUCUAAAACCUGAGAUAUUGACUGGACGUGGCAAAACAACUAAGGACAGAGGAAUGACCCUCCCGGCACAGAAGUGUGUCCUGGAUGCGUUCCGAGCCCACGGCGAAAAGAAGAUUCUGAUCGCCACCUCCGUGGCUGACGAAGGCAUCGACAUCGCUCAGUGCAAUCUGGUCAUCCUGUACGAGUACGUGGGCAAUGUCAUCAGGAUGAUCCAAACCAGAGGCAGAGGAAGAGCAAGAGGUAGCAAGUGCUUCCUUGUGACUAGUAAUGCUGAUGUGAUUGAAAAAGAAAAAAUAAACUUAUACAAAGAAAAAAUGAUGAAUGACUCCAUUCUUAGCCUCCAGGAAUGGGAUGAAAAAGCUUUUAAAAAAAAGAUUCACCAGAUCCAGAUUCAUGAAAAAUUCAUCAGGGAUAGUCAAGGAAAAGCAGAACCUAAACUUGAUAAGAAAAAUAAGAAACUCCUCUGCAGAAAGUGCAAAGCCUUUGCUUGUCAUACAGCGGAUAUAAGAGUGAUAGAGGAAAGCCAUUACACUGUGGUUGGAGAUGCUUUCAAGGAGUGCUUCGUGACUAAAUUACACCCCAAACCAAAGAGUGUGGGUAUUUUUGAGAAGAAAGCAAAGGUAUUCUGUGCCAGACAGAACUGCAGCCAUGACUGGGGCAUCCAUGUGAAGUACAAGACAUUUGAGAUCCCGAUCAUAAAAAUUGAAAGUUUUGUGGUGGAGGAUAUUGCAACUGGAGAGCAGAGACUGUAUGCAAAGUGGAGGGACUUUCAUUUUGAGAAGCUGCCAUUUGAUCCUGCAGAAAUGUCCAAAUGACCUCAGGGCCACAAGCUUCCACUACUGGGAAUGGGUGAUCGUGAGCAAAGGAGGAAUUAUCCCUAGUAGGCAAGUCAUGACUGGCUUGUACCACAUGAAGAUAUAUACCUAAGUCUUAUACUGUACUAAAUAUUUACCACUUUACUUACUUUCUGUUAUCAGCUUGUAUGAUAUUAUAUACAUAAAACACACAGGAGUGUAUCAGACCCUGAAUGAUUCGCAGGCCAGUAGAGCUCUAAGUAAAAAGCCUUACCUUGUUCUCUUUCUGUUCUUCCCUUUGGAACCAACAGUCAGUGCAGACCCAGUAGCCACUCAGGACGCAUUAGAAUAAAUGGAUGAAUGGAUGGAAUGUU